CACGUCUCACGGAAGCUGCUGCGGGCCUGAACUGGGGGAACUGGGUACGACAGAGGUUGCUAUUUUUAAAAUCAUUGAAAGCGUCGGAAUCCCCUUCGCUUCGCUCUUCUUUCUCCUCUCCGUACCACGUAGCCAACGUAGAGUCGAGGAAGACUUUAGAGCUGAAGAACGGAAGAAUAACAGAGAAUGGGUCGCAGGAAAAUCGAAAUCACGGCUAUCACUCACGAACGAAAUCGUUCAGUUACUUUCCUCAAGCGCAAAACAGGUCUGUUCAAGAAAGCGUACGAGUUGGGUGUACUGUGUAGUGUCGAUAUCGCUGUCAUUAUAUUCGAUGAUAAAAUCCACGCUGCACGCCCUACAACAAAGCUUUACGAGUACUCUUCUUCCUCUUCAAAACAUGCAGUAAAAGACAUCGUAAAACGAUACCUCAAGUACUCUGGUGACAAGGAUUCCAAAGGGCCGGGUGAUUUCGGAGGUGGUAGGAUGGGGGAUGUCGAUGAGGACUCCAAGGAUUCCGAUGACGAGUCUGAGUCUGAGGAAGAAGUAAAGCCAAAGAAAAGAAAGAAACACUCACGUUCUAAACCGAAACGACCGCGCAAACGGUCUCUCAGUUCUUCUCCCUCCCUAACGGCUUCAUCGCAACGCAGUUUAUCUCCAGUCUCGACGCUCACGCCUUCUCCCACAUCAGCACAGACCCCAUCGUCAUCGUCAUCGUCAAUGAUAGCUCUCCCAAAACCGACAAUACCAAUCCCGAUACAUCACUUACAACAUGGAGGAGAAGGCCCAGGGUACCACCACCACAAUUUCAUGUCACUCCCCUUCCCUCGAGGUGUAGCACCCCCUUCCCCACCCCAUACCGACCGUGAUGGAGAUAUGGAGACGGAGAUAUCUGUACAAACCUAUCGACAGAUAUUGCUCCAACAUCGUCUCCAACAGCAGCAGCAGAGAGAAGAACAGCAACAGAGCAGUUACGAAGAUCUCUUAGCUAUCUUCAGUGGUGGUGGUAGUGGGCCAAGUUCGUCGUAUUCAAAUCCGACUCCGACUCCGAAUUCCGGUGCGGAUACAGGUGGGAAUUCGUAUUACCACUCGGGGUAUACGACGAGUGCGUAUUCGUAUCCGCCACCGCCAGCACCAGCACCACUUCCUCAACUUCCAUUUCCGAACUUUCCACCCUUGAUUCAGCAUCAGCAUCAGCAUCAACACCAACAACACCAACAACCGCAUCUGUUUGCUCUAAACCCAAGUCUUAUGGCGCAAGAAGACCCUCAGGCUCCUUGUCGGUACGAAUCUCAGGAGAUAGUACGAUGGCCUCAGGCUGGUCCGGGUUCUCCAUCCGUAUCCGCAUCCGAGUCUCCGUCCCAAGCACACUCCCAACAACAACAACAACAACAACAACGUACGUCGAAUUCGUGGUUGAAUUACCUUUCUGUUACAGGUCAUCCGGCGCUAGGAGUAGGAGGGGGAGGGGGAGGGGGAGAGCCCCAAUCUCAGAGUCAUAGUCAUAGUCAUGGGGAUUUGGAUCUGUUGGGUCAUGGUGUGUUUUCUGGACCUCGAGAGCCGGUUUAG